ACUUUUAAUCUCUUUCUUUUUUUCUUCUCCUCUCGAUUUCAAAAUUUUCACAUCUCCGGAAAUUUUAUUUUUCUGGAGAAAUAUUGUUUCAUCCCUACAAUGGCGUCUGAGAAUCUGAAUGAUAAGAUCUCUGUUUUUAAGAAGCUCAAAGCCAAAUCCGAUAAUAAGAUUUGUUUUGAUUGCAAUGCGAAGAAUCCAACAUGGGCUUCCGUUACUUAUGGGAUCUUUCUCUGUAUCGAUUGUUCUGCUGUUCAUCGGAGUCUUGGCGUCCACAUUAGCUUCGUCAGGUCAACCAAUUUAGAUUCAUGGAGCCCUGAGCAAUUGAAAAUGAUGAUAUAUGGAGGAAACAACAGGGCACACGUCUUUUUCAAGCAGUACGGAUGGAGCGAUGGAGGUAAAACCGAGGCUAAGUAUACUUCAAGAGCUGCUGAUUUGUAUAAACAGAUUCUUGCUAAAGAAGUUGCUAAAAGCAAGGCCGAGGAAGUAUUGGAUUUGCCUCCAUCUCCUCCUGUUUCAUCAACGCAAGUGCCCAAUGGGCUCUCCAGCAUCAAAACCAGUGAAGCUCUUAAAGAGAGUAAUACGCUAAAGCAGCAAGAAAAGUCUGAAGUUGUUCCCGUCUCACCAAGAGUUUCUCGCAGCGUUAAGAAACCUCUUGGUGCUAAGAGGACAGGCAAAACUGGAGGACUUGGCGCCCGGAAGCUAACUACUAAGUCGAGCGAGACUCUUUAUGAUCAAAAGCCAGAGGAAUCUAUUGUUAUACAAGCGACUUCCCCAGCAUCAGCUAAAUCAGCCAGGUCAUCGUUUUCCUCUCGCUUUGAUUAUGCGGACAGUGUUCAAAACAGAGAAGAUUACAUGAGCCCUCAAGUGGUUGGUCAUGUAGCUCCACCAAAAUCAUCAGGCUUCUUUGAGGAAGAGUUGGAGAUGAACGGAGGCAGGUAUCAGAAGAAACCAAUCACAAGUUCCUCAAAAGUGCAAAUUCAAGAAACAGAUGAAGCACGGAAGAAAUUCACAAACGCGAAAUCAAUCUCCUCUGCUCAGUAUUUCGGAAGUGACAACAACUCGGCUGACCUUGAAGCCAAAAGUACAUUGAAGAAGUUCUCCGGUUCAUCAGCAAUCUCUAGUGCUGAUUUGUUUGGAGACAGUGAUGGAGAUUUCCCUCUUGAUCUCACCGCGGGUGAUCUUCUCAACCGCCUAUCUCUCCAGGCUCAACAAGACAUGUCAUCAUUGAAGAACAUGGCAGAGGAGACAAAGAAGAAGCUUGGCUCUGUUGCUUCCAGCUUAUGGGUUUGAAAUGUUCAUAUAUAAUUCUCUAAAGUCCAUUCAACUUUUUUUAUUUUAUAUUUUCUUAUACUCUAAUUUCCAUUUACAAAAUCAGUUAUCCUAUUCUUUUACCAGGGAAACUCUGUUUUUGAGUUAUCAAUAUUUUGUAUAAUUGAGAUUAUUUUUUGUUACUUUGUAAAAAUUGUCAAAUAAAAAAUAUGUUGUGUG